AGCCGAAACCCUGAGCUUUGGCUUACCCCCACGGCAGUUGGUCAUAGCGAUAACUGCGGCCAAGCAGGCCAAUGGGAUACCCUUGGGAAACGCUCUCAAAACAGGGCUAAUUCCUUGGCAAAUCCCGGGAUUUCCCUGGAAUCUCAACACAUAUCUGGUGUAGGUCCCACGGGGAUAGGUGAUACCCAAGACACGUGGGUGACAGCCCGACGCGCUGGUGUCAAGAUGAGGUAACUUAGGGCAAGUCCCCUUCUGAGUGAAAAAGGGGCAAGGUAAACGGACUGACACCGUGCACUUACUCGCUACGCACAAACGCCGCGGGCGGACGACUGAUGUCCGUCCGUCCCAUCCAGACCGGAUGGUGGUGUGGGAUAUGUCCCGGGGAUGAUCCGGUGAGGGUGGAGGGUGAGGGGGUUUGAGGUGUUGUUUAUGUUGCCCCUGAGGAGGUAUGUGUUUUGUAGGGGCGGGCUGGGGAUGCUUGGCCGCCCUCCCCCGCCAAUGCCACAACAACGUCGGGCUAGGAAAGCACACCGAAUCCGUAUCAAUAUCCAAAUACACCCUCGCUUCCCCACCCGCAUACGCCUCCAUACACAGCUCCCACCUCCUAUCCAGCGCCAGCAUCCGCGAGAGAUGGCACGCAUGCAGCAGUGCUGUAUCUCAGUCGAGGAGCUCAUCUCAGCCCAUUUCUCGGAAUCGGACUCCCGGUAUUCCAGCGGAUCGACGCGUAGUAUUACAUCCCGACCCGGCGCAGCGUUGAUGGUCAAGUUCCAGAUCGGGACCUGGAUCUCGAAUGGGAGGUAGGGGAAGUAGUGGAACUCCUUCAGUUCCGGUGGUCUGGUGAUCUGGGGACGGGGCCAGGAUUUGAUGCGGGUCUGGAAGCGGG